AUGGCUGAGGAAGAAGAUCCAUAUGCAGUAUCCUCUGAUUCUGAUGAUGAGGAUGUCCGUAAACCACCCCCCAAAAUUCAAAUUGAAGGAAGAGAAAAUGCUGAUUUGAACAAGCUCAAAUCAGCUCUUCUGAAUGACUCAAAGGAAGUUGUAUUGGAUGAGGAAAGAAAGAAUGAACUGGAACAGUUGAAACAAGCGAGAGACACAAAGAAGAUGAAGGAAGAUUUCGAAUCUGGAGCUGUAACCAACAAGGAUGACGAAGGCAUCGAUGCCUCAAAGGCAGCUCUAGAAGAAGAACGUCAGAAACUGACCGAAAUUGGAAAGGAAAAGUACUCGAAAUUCAAGGACAAGUUUGAGAACAUUGACUCAACCCUCGGUGAUAACUUAGAAGAAAAACUCAAAAAAAUGGAAAGAGACAUUUCCGGAUUAGGAAAAGACACAUUAGCGAGUGCAAAAGAGAAAUUCGAGAAAGGUGAAGGUGACAUUACUGUUGAGAAAACUCAAGUUGAUAUUGAAAGAAGCACUGAUUUGCAGAAAAUGAAAGCAGCAUUUACAAAGGACAUGACAGCCGACGAAGCUCCUAAGGAAUGUGCUAUCUGUGGUAAAAUAGUAUAUCCGGUUGAAAGAGUCUUCAUAAAUAAGCAGCUAUAUCAUGUUAACUGCUUCAGAUGCAAUAAAUGCUCCAAGAAACUGACGCCAACCAAUUACAAUAUGCAUAAGGGUAUCUUGUUGUGUAAAGUUCAUAUGAUUGAGGUUGAACAUCCUGAAAUGGCCAAAACUAUGGAUCCUGCUAACACAGAAGAAGAUGAACACGGUGGAGAUCAAGACGAUGACGAGGAGUUCGCUGUAUCAAGCAAGCCAAAACAAUUGUCAGGAGUAGUCAAAUCUGGAGCUUCCGCUGUGCAUGAUGAACUUGCACAACUGAAGAGCCUCAAAGAGAAACGUGGAGAUUUUGAAUCUUCUGUCAAGGAAGCCGCUAAUAUUGAAAAGAAGACAAAGGUUGAAGAUGAAGUUCUUCAAACUGGUCGAGUUCAAUCUAAUAAAGAAAAGUUUGCUUCUGGAGCUGCUCUAGAGCAUGAAGACGAAGAUGAAAUAUCUGGUGAAAGAGAUCCUAACAUAAUCCGUGAAGAGAAGAAGAAGAGGCGUGAAGAACUGCACUUUGACCAGGUCGGAGACAUCAAAAAUAAAUGGAAAACUGGUGCUGUAGAAACUGCCGGAGACAGAGUCGACAAAACAGAACUUGAGGAGCUUAAGGCUUCUCUGCCAUCUGUGAAAGAACGUUUCCAAGAGAAGAAAGAAGCAGAAUCAUCUGUAAUUGAACGACAAUGGGAUAGAAGUGAAUUAGAUACCGGUGCUGCUGCUGAGGCCAGAAAAUCGUUUAUGGAAGGUGUCGCUUACCAAAGUGGAACAGUUGAGAAGACAGUUACUGACCUUGACGAGCUCAAGUUUACUCAACUCAAGGGAUUCAAAGAAAAGUUCGAGAAGGGAGAGGGUGAAGUUGAAGUGCAGAAGACUGCCGUUGAAGUGGCUGACGUUCAGCUUGGUAACAUUAAAGCCGCAUUCGAAAAGUCUGAAGAAGAGAUGACCCCAGAAGAAAGAGCAGCUCAGAAGAAGAAGGAAAUUGAAGCUGAGUUCCUUCGUUACAAGCUGGCCAGAAGGGCAGCAGCUGAAAGAGUGAAACAACAGGAAGAAGACGGAACUGUGCCCGUUGUAGAGCCAGGAGAGGGUGGAGCUGAUGUCGGAUCUAUUAAAGAUCGAUUCGAUCAUGGGGAAGCCUUCAAAGCCCAAGACCAAGCCGACAAACAACUUGAUGUAGAAUUCAAAAUGGCUGGAAAGGCUCGUGAGAAAUUCAAGCAAAUUGAUGCUUCCGGAGCAACACCUGUCAUGCCAGGACAGAACAAGAAGGCCGAACCAAGUAAAUGGGACAAGAAGGAUGAUAAGCCUGUGGCAGAAGUGAUCAACCGCAGAGAUCAGGCGAAUGACGAACCUUCUGAUGAAGACGAGGAUGCAUUCGAUGUGAAGAACCUCAUGAACAAAUUUAAGAACAUUGGUGAAAACAGCGCAUCCAGCCAGGCUAAUAGUGAACAAAGAGCUGAACUAUCAGCACUCAGAACAGAAGCAAGAAACUUCAAGCAACGCUUUGAACAGCGUAAUGAAGAAGAUGCUGAUGUUAUCGAAGAAAAGAAAAAACAGAUGCAGGAAGAAUUUGAACUCCUAAAACGUGAAAGAGAAGAAGCCCAAAAGAGAUUAGAAGAAGAACGCGCUCAGGAAGAAGCAGCCUCUGUAGACAAGGAAGAAAUUAAUAUCAAGGCUGACCAUGCUUCCAAGAUGGCAGCCAAAUGGGAAAAAAUACAGGCAAAGGAAGCCAAGAAGGCCGAAAAGGGUAAGAUGCCCGAGAAGAAAAGUACAACAAAGUUUGUAAUGCGAAGUCAACCUAAAUGUGAAAUUUGUACGACAACCGUCUACAUGGCCGAGCAGUUCCAAUGCUUCGGAAUCCUAUAUCAUGUCAAAUGCUUUAGAUGUUCCGUUUGUCGACAAGCUCUUAGAGUAGAGAAAGUUCAUCGAAACUCUGAAGGUCAGCUGUAUUGCCCUGUUCAUUUCAAACUUGCCAAUUCCGCCACUGCAGAGGCUGACAUUAUGAAAGUGGAGGAAAAUAAUAAUAACAUUAAGCUUGAAAGCCUCUAG